AUUAAAAAAAUAUGUUCAUUUGUUCCGGUGGGGACGCUUUUCAGCGACGGGACAAUUUCUUCACACAAGUCGUUACACGGUGUUUUGUGUUAGCUUGUGGCUAAAGCUAACAACAACAACGUCGCUUUAAGCAUGGCCGAGAUCAGUGAAAACAUGCAGAAAUACGAGGAGAUGUUUGCCAAUAGAUUCACAUCGGAGGACCGUGAAUACGAACAGUAUCGGAGCCGGCCAGCUGACCCGCCACCCAUCGUGGAGGACUGGAGGAGUCGUGGAGGAGGGAGCUACAGAGGCAGGGAUAACAGGUACCAGGACCGUCGUGGACAAGGGGGUCGUGGUUGGGGUGGAGGCCGAGGUUGGAGUGGAGACCGGGGUUGGAGAGGGGACCGUCAUGGGCAGCAGCACUGGCAUGACAGGGACAGGGACAGAGACCGGGACCGGGACCGGGACCGGGAUCGAGAUCGAGACCGAGACCGAUACCAGGACCGAGAGCGAUACCAGGAUCGAGACCGAUACCAAGACAGACACUCCGGGCAUGGAAGUGGGUAUCAGUCAGGCCCUCCAAGCUCCAAUCAGGGAUGCAACUCCCAACAACAGAGACCCCAUUAUGACCGCUACUGAUCUCUGCUCUCAUCUCUCAGGUGUCAACAGUAUUUAUAGUAUUCACAGUCUUCUAUCAUGUGCGGCAAUGCACAGCUGUUGAUUUUUUUCAUUUGUUUGUUUGUUUUUUUGUAUGACUCUCAUUGCCACACUCUCAUAAUCAAGAGCUGCGCAAUAGAUCAAUAAUAAUAAUUGACUGUCCUUUCAAUAUAAUUGUGUGAAACUCUUUUGCAAUAUUGUGAUACGCAGUUUUAUUGUCUGAAUUAAAAAUAUUCCACUUACCAUUUUCA